ACCAGAAGAGAUCAGUUCGAUUCGAACGCGAGUCCGGUGUAGACGUGCUUGCCUGACCUGCCUGCCUGCCAGAACCUGGACCCUGACCCUGGACACUUCCUGCUGGCCGGCUAGGUUGCUGCUGACCCCUUUUUUGCAGAGUGAACUCGCGGGGAGGGGGUGCGAGGGGGGCUCGCAUAGUCGAGCGUUACGUGGCGUUACAUCCGGCGUUACGGGGACGCCACUGGCCGGAUCGGUUUGGAUUUUGAGGAAGAAUUGCUUGGGGGAUUGUGAAAAGUUCUUCGAGGGAAACGGUUUGGUGAAGGUGUCUGCUGCUGAGGAAUACCAGAAGCUUUUGUAAGAGUGUAAUUAGAUCUAAUCCAGAGGAAGGAAACACGCCAUUACAGUGCAAAUUUAUGACGAUUUAGGGUCGUCUUCCGGAGCAGUUUCUGGGAAGAAUCGACGGAAGUCAAAGUGGAGUGUGACAUUGGUCAAUUUAUUCAUUAGCCGGGAAUAGGGGAAUCGACCCCGUCCCGAAAAGGAUCGAUACGGUAACGACCAGUCUAUGGCAAAAUUUAAAGAAAUCUUAAAGUGUGUUUGCAAGAAAGUGACCAAUGCCGCGAAAUCGUUCAAAACCGCUUGAACAGUUGCAGAAAUUGAAACUGCUCGCCGAGUGUAGGUGAACUUGUUUUGCUGAACGCCUCUUCACCAGGUCGCGACGACUUUAAGCUGCCUGUUCCAGCAUCCACCGCGCCAGGUGAACCCAGCCGAAAUUAAAGCAAACGCAACGUUUUGAUCCACUCCUGGUUGGGUCCGACGGAAGAAGAAAGGGGACACCAUCAAUUUCCCUGCUCCGUAGCCCGGACAGCGACACAUAAAAUUUUAAUCUCCCAGCCUAAGGCCAAACACUGCUUGGGGAGGGGUGGUGCUGGCGAGACUCAUUAGUUGUGUCACGUUGCAGGAGCCAAAAAGGCGUCUCGUGUCCACACACGUGUCCAGAAUUCACAACGUCGACGAUGAUGGAGUGCGGUGACGAAAUUCAGGAACCUUGUCUCGCUUUCGGGAUGAUUGGCUUUCCGGAACACGGAUGGCUCAACAAGUAAGCGAAGAACAGACGAGUGUGGUGGUAAAUAAUUCAACGGUUCACGAUAGUUUUAUUUUUGUGGUUUUUCCUCUCCGAGGAAAAUGUGAAGCGAAGCAAAAGUGAUUUUUUUUCCGGGAAAGGGAAACGAGCUGCAGUAUGGAAAUUAAAUGAGCUCAAAAUUGAAUACUGCUCCGAAAAAAAAGCAAUUGGAUGGGAAAAGUUUUCAUCAGAGAUAUCCGACGAAAAAACGGCAACUUUUCAGUGCCCACAUGGUGUAUGCAACAAGUGGAAAGCGCCACAACCAGUGUUAAAGUCUGUUUAAGCCAGAGCCGCCAGUGUGUAUUAAAAAAGUUGUGUUAAUUGAAACAUAAUAUUCGCUCAACGAGCUUUGCUGGCAGUGUCAGUGGGGGGAGCUUGUGAGUACGAAAGGGAAAAGUUUGAUCACCAGAUGAAAAUUAAACAAAUUGAUGACAAAGUUCUUCGUGAUGGAAUGUGGAAAAUUUGCUGAUGGAAUCAUGCCAUGCCGCAGAGUUUAGCUGAGUAAUCAGUACGAACUUGCUGAAUUGGAAGAGUUUUGUGUAGAUAUUUGCUCCCCUCUUUCUCUGUGUGUAAUAAUAGAAUUAUAAGGUAGCUCGCGAUGGCGAUGGAAUGGAUAACAGCGAUCGAUAAAAGGCCAUGCGAGCGCAAUUUGCGAGACUGCGAACUGAUCUCGUGCCGGCUGCGGCGGGUGGAACCACUCUGCCGGUUGCCCGGAUCGGCCCUCCAGCAGCUGGCCAUGUGCGGCUUCUACGAGGACCUGGAAAAGGGGGUGACGCUGUUCCGCGCCGGUGAGCAGGGUCGCUACUGGUACGCCGUCCUGGGCGGUCAGCUGGAGGUGCGCUACCACGGCACCGAGACCAAGGACAACAAGCUCUCGGUGACGCUAUGUAACCUGGGCGUGGGGGCCACCUUCGGAGAGUCCAUCCUGCACGACCUGCCCCGGGACAGCACGGUGGUGACCAAAACGACCUGCGAGCUGCUGCGCGUCGAGCAGGCCGACUUUAGACUGAUCUUCGAGAAAAACAAGGAAUUAAUGAACGACAUAAUAUCCAACUGCAAAUUAAAAAAUGGUUUCGGCCAGAGCAUGCAAACGACCAGUAUGGUCCAGUCCGGGGUCCAUCAGCAGCAACCGUCACCGGUUAAAAAACAAUUAAGUCCCGAUCAUCCGAACCCGGCCCUGCCAAUCACGGAGGCACCAAGCCCGGCCAUGUCACGGAUGGGAUGGGCCCUGCGAGUCCUGCUCGUCACGGACAAUACCAGCUGCCUCAAGGAUCGGAAGGUCGGUGGCAAAUUCAUCCGCAAGUGCGCCCCCGGCACGGAACUCGUCGACUGGCUGCUGAACCUGUCCCCGAUCGUGCACACGCGGAACCAGGCGGCCGGCAUGUGGCAAGCGCUCGUCGAGGAGGGCGUCCUCAGUCACGUUUCAAAGGAGCAGCCAUUCAAGGACAAGUGCUUCCUGUACCGGUUCAGGGUGGACGAGGACGGGACGGCCAGCGGGUCGCCCUCGUCCGACGACAUCAGCCAGUCCAACGAUCACAUCCGGGAAGCGCUGCCGUCGCUGCUGCACCGAGGCCCGGACGCGACCCUGCGGAUGAUCCUACGGAAACCAUCCCACGAGCGAACGCAGGAAGAGCUGGAGCUGGUCUACGAGGAACUGUUGCACAUCGCGGCCCUGUCCCACCUGUCGACGUCCAUCAAGCGCGAGCUGGCGUCGAUCAUCGUGUUCGAGGCGCACGCACACGCCGGAACUGUGUUAUUCAACCAGGGCGACGAGGGUCGCUCGUGGUACAUCCUGCUCAAGGGUUCGGUCGACGUGGUGAUCCACGGCAAGGGCACCGUCGCAACGCUCAAGGAAGGUGACGACUUUGGCAAAUUGGCACUCAUCAACGACGCGCCCAGGGCCGCCACGAUCGUGCUCAAAGAGAACAACUGUCUGCUGCUGCGCGUGGACAAGGAACACUUUAACCGCAUCCUGCGGGACGUCGAGGCGAACACGCUGCGGUUGCAGGAGCACGGCAAGGACGUACUAAUCCUGGAGCGGGUCGCCAAACAGCGCGGACACUCCGCUUUCAAAUACACUGUGAUGUCCGGCACUCCGCAAAAGAUGCUGGAACACCUGCUGGAGACACUACUGGGCGGUCAGGUGGGACCAAACGAUCCGUUUUUGGACGACUUUCUCCUGACCCACAUCGUCUUCAUGCCGACGCCGAUCCUGAUCGACGAGCUGGCCAGCCACUACCACGCGGACGCCGAGGUGGACCUGCGGACGUCCAGCGAGGAGGACCAGGAGUACUUUAUGACCUGCAAGCGGCGCGUCGUCCAGUUCAUCCAGCGGUGGGUCCUGCUGGUGCGGCACGCCGUCUUCGACGACCCGCUCGCGGUGGAGUUUAUCGAGGAUAUUGCAACAGAUGUCGAGUCGGAAGGUCUGCUCCAGGAGGAAGCCAGCAUCAUACACCACGUGCUAACGCAAUUAGCUCGAUAUCAAGAAGACCGACAGAUGAACGCGAGCCAGAAGUGGAAAUUGCCACCCAACGGACAACCCAUUUGCCUAUUCAGUGGAAACACUCACUCUACAAAGACUGUUAUCAGACCGGACGAUGAUAUCAUCUUCCGGGUGUACUGCGCGGACCACACGUACUGCACGCUGCGCUUCCCGAUGGCGGCCACGGCCGAGGUCAUCAAGGCGUGCGCCGCCGACAAGCUGCAGCUGGCGCGGAUGCCCGAGGACCUGCUGCUGGUCGAGGUCAAGUCGAACGGCGAGCGGACCGUCUACAAGGACAACGACGUCAGCAUCCCGACGGCGCUCAGCCUCGGCGGCCGGGUGUUUGUGUCGCCGAAGGACCACCUGGACGCACUGACUCCGCUGCCGGAGCAGGAACUUCCGACGGAGGCGCUGGACAUGGACUUUGAGGCGCUGCCGACCAAGGACGUGGCCUACCACAUGACCCUGUUCGAUUGGGACCUGUUCUGGGCGGUGCACGAGUACGAGCUGCUGUAUCACACCUUCGGAAGGCAUCACUUCAAUAAGAUAACUUCCAACCUGGACGUUUUCAUCCGGCGCUUCAACGAGAUCCAGUACUGGGUCGUGACGGAGAUCGUCUCGACGUCCAACCUGACCAAGCGGAUGUCGCUGGUGAAGAAGUUCAUCAAGCUGGCCGCGUUCUGCAAAGAGUACCAGAACCUGAACGCCUUCUUCGCCAUCGUGAUGGGCCUCUCGAACAUGGCGGUGUCGCGGCUGACGCAAACCUGGGACAAGCUGCCGUCCAAGUUCCGGAAGCUGUUCUCCGAGUACGAGGCGCUGAUCGACCCCAGCCGGAACCACCGAGCGUACCGAAUGUCGGUGGGCAAGCUGCAGCCGCCGGUGAUCCCGUUUAUGCCCCUGCUGCUGAAGGACAUGACGUUCGCCCACGAGGGCAACAAGACCAGCCUGGAUGGGCUGGUCAACUUCGAGAAGAUGCACAUGAUGGCCCAGACGAUGCGCAGCGUGCGGUUCUGCCGGUCCAGGCACCUCGUAUUGGAUCCCCCGUCGCCGAAGAACGAAAACGAGCUGCGGCAGUACAUCAGCUGCUUCCGGACCAUCGACAACCAAAGAGUGCUGAACGCCAUGUCCCAGCGGGUGGAGCCGCGAAGGUCGUAAGACUGACCCCCAAAACGACACCAACAACGGCAACGUUGCAACAGGGGACAACGGGGGGAUGGGAUUAAAAGUGAGACCAAUAGCGGGCUAAGAGUUUGAUCUAACACACAUACAUACACACACACAUACAAAUACACUUGUUUUUAAGGCAAUUCUAUUUAGUACCACUUUUCUACUGCUAAGAUUAGUUAGGUAAAGUGAACGAGUUUGAUGAGGAUGUAUGAGUAUGGGCGGUGAAAAUGUGUAAAGAUUUGUUUACGUUCAAAAAGAAGAACAUUGUUUUAUAAUGCAGUUUUUUUGUACAGAAUACGAAUAAGUUGAAAAAACAAACACAUCUCAUAAUACUAGUAUUGCUAAAACUUAACACCAUAAUUCUUAUAUUUAGGGAAAACUUUGUUUAACCGAACAUUUUAAUCUACGUUAUUGUUAUGACUAAAUUAUUUCAGUUGAAAGUCAGUUUAUCAUACGUUUUAGCACUUGACACUACAAAUAUUUAUUUCAUUUAUAAGUUUUGUCUAAUAAACGUUUUAAGUCACUA